UGCGUCAAUCAAUUGUUUUCAUACAAAAAAUAGGAGCAAUAUCCAGAAAGUUUUUAUUUUGAGCGCAUUUACUACAUAUAAAUAAGAGCAUGGACAAUUUAAAUAAUAUCAUGGGCGCGGCAGAAACAAUCUCACCAAAGAAAGAGCCAUCAAGACCAGAAUUCUUUUUGCAUAUAAUCAAAUCAUCAACAUCAGCCCCGGACUCAACUAAUCCCUCGGAACCAAGUAGUGAGCAAGCUCAAUCAAUGGAAGAAUAUAAAGAAUCCGCUGAACUACAAGAGGCUCAUCAGAAAUUCAAGGAAAUAUCAGAAAGUAUUGACAAUGAAGAGAAGAACCUCCAAAAACUCGAAGAACGCCGCAGAAAACUAGAACAAGAUAUGGAGCGAUUACAAAGAGAUAUUGAAGCCGAAAAGGAACUUUUCCGUCAAAAGAUCGAAGCUGAUUUAGCACGAAAGUCUGAGUUCUCGGAGUUUAGCUUGGACGAUUCAACCUUAACUGCAAGUAUUUCCAAAAUGGAUCCUUUAAGUAUAAACACGGAAGAAGUUGAAGACCGUCUUCGUGAGUACCGCGAAGCUGUCGAAGAUUCACAACUCCAAUCUCUACUAAAAGAGGACGAUGCUGAUAUCAAAAGGCUUCGAGAGAAUCUAGUUACGUAUAAGCGUGCCUUAUCAGGCACACGGAAGGAGGAAAUUGUAAAACAAAAGCGAAAGGCAGCAGCGAAAAUUUUUCAAAGACAUCUGGAAGAAGUUGAUGUGAAAUGCAAUGAGCAAAUGAGUAAAUUGUCAACAAUUCAAAAAAGUAUUGGAAAUAUCAAUGUGAAAGGGAAGGACGAAACCAGGGACGGGUUCAACUUUUAAGCAAAUUUUUCUGAUGAGUUGAAGCUACUUAUUUAGUAAAAAUAUUCAGUACUUUGUAUUUGCAAAUUUUUAUUAGAAAAAAAAAUAUUUAAACUUUU